AUGGGUUUCAUUGGAACUGCCACUUACCUUGCCCUGCACCCGUUGCAAUUGAGAGCAAUCGUCCAGUGGAAGGUCUGGCACAACCCUCCUCACGAACGCGACGCCAAAAAUGACACCGAGACCCAGAAGCAAUGCUUCAAGUUCUUGGACCUGACCAGCCGUAGCUUCAGCGCCGUGAUCAAGGAGCUUCACCCUGAGCUGCUGCUGCCUAUCUGUGUCUUCUAUCUCGUCCUCCGUGGUCUGGAUACCAUCGAGGAUGACACCUCCAUCCCGUUCGCGACCAAGGAGCCGCUUCUUCGGAAUUUCAAGGAUAUCUUGACGGAAGAUGGCUGGAACUUCACUGGUAAUCGCCCGGAGGAGAAGGAUCGGGAACUGCUGGUUCAGUUCCAUAAUGUCGUCGCCGAAUUCAAGAACAUGAAGCCUGCCUACCAGGCCAUCAUCAAGGACAUUACAGACAAGAUGGGUAACGGUAUGGCGGACUACUGCGCCAAGGCCGAGAAGGACGAGGCGAGCGUGAAGACCAUUGAGGAAUAUGAUCUUUACUGCUACUAUGUCGCCGGUCUGGUCGGAGAGGGCCUCACCCGACUGUUCGUCGAGGCCGAGUUUGGCAACCCUGCUCUUCUCAAGCGUCCCAAGCUUCACAAGUCCAUGGGUCUCUUCCUGCAGAAGACCAACAUCAUCCGUGAUAUUCGGGAGGACUUUGAUGACAACCGGCGAUUCUGGCCCCAGGAGAUCUGGUCGAAGCACGUUGAUAACUUUGAGGAUCUUUUCAAGCCCGAGUACAAGGAGGCGGCGCUUAACUGCAACUCCGAGAUGGUUCUAAACGCUUUGGAACACGCCGAAGAGUGUCUGUUCUACCUGGCUGGUCUACGUGAACAGAGUGUGUUCAACUUCUGCGCCAUUCCUCAAUCGAUGGCGAUUGCCACAAUGGAGCUUUGCUUCCGCAAUUACGACAUCUUCGAGCGCAACGUCAAGAUCACCAAGGGUCAAGCAUGUGAAUUGAUGAUGGAGUCGACCCAGAACCUUGCCGUUUUGUGUCAGACGUUCCGAAAAUUAACUCGCGCAAUCCACAAAAAGAAUACUCCCAAGGACCCCAACUUCCUGAAGAUUAGCAUUGUCUGCGGCAAGAUCGAGAAGUUCAUCGAGACUAUCUUCCCAAGUCAAAAUCCGGAGGAUGCUCAUCGCCGCGUGACCGGCGAGAUCACCGCCGAGCAGGCCAAGAAACGGGAAGAGGAUGCUGAGAACAAAUCCGACAUCUACUUCCUCAUGGGUCUCAUGGGAGUCAUUAUCUUCUUCGUCGCCGGUGUGAUGAUGUUUGCGGCAUGGAUGCUAGGUGCUCGAUUCGACCUGGCCUGGAAAGAGAUUACCUCAGGCAACUUGAGGCCUCCCAGCUAUUACAAAGAGCAGGCUACUCUCCGCGGCGAGCUCUGA